AUGCCUCGGCACCAUCCCAAUUCCUCGAGUCGUAGGAGGGCUCAGGAUGUCCUACCACUGCCCAAGGGUUUCAUAUCCAUCAGCGAACUCCUUGAUGACAGCCAAGGCCCAGGCAAAAUGGUGAACGUCAUAGGGGUUGUCAAAGACUGUAAAUUGCCCAUUCCGACUAAGGGCACGGAUUAUAAGAGCACUCUGACUUUGUAUGACCUGUCCACACAAGGCGACACUGAGGGUAUCGACCUCAAUGUUUUCCGUCGUGAGAAGGAAAUGCCCACAGUCGAGGCCGGUGAUGUCGUCGUGGUCUACUCGGUGAAGCACCAGACAUACGGGGGCACCUCUUCCCUCCUUACCACUUACCGCACCGACAUACACGUCUACGCCGCUCAGCAAAUUCCCAGAAGCGGAUCUUCCCAGUCUGCAUCGGGCGCCCUGAGACCCCCAUCACGCCCUGUCGCCCGAAACCCUGGAGAUAAAGAGCACGAGUAUGUUACGUGGCUGUACGAUCACAUAGACAGACAAUACAUCCCUGAUCAGGAAGACUUCUCCGCCCGAGCCGAGCUGUCCAGGAACAUCAGAGACCGGUUCAGCCUGCUCGCUGACGUCCAGGACCGCAUGUUUGCCGACCUAGUCGUGCAGGUUGUUCGGGAACCAUUCGAUCUCGGUGACAAGAUAUGUCUGUGGGUUUCUGACUGGACAGAGAACGCCAGAUUCUUCCACAGGACAGAUGACAGCCCAGACUGGACUGACGGCAUGCCUGUGCGCGACGGCGACCCAUAUGGCUAUACCAGCAAGUUCAAAAAGCCGGUAGACCCCGUAGAAGUCGAGGGCAAAUGGCGUGGCCCCUCCGGUAAGCGGUCUUUACAGCUCACAUGCUGGGACCCUCACGCCGACUUCAUCCGGGACCAGGUCGAACUCGGCACCUGGCUACAUCUGCGAAAAGUCCAAAUCGGCUACGGCCAUAAUUCCACAAACCUUGAGGGCUUUCUUCGUGGGGAAAGGCAGUACUCGAAUUUCUCAGACAAGAUCAAUGUACAAAUUCUGGACCCCCAGGCCGACGGAGAGAAAAUUGAUCCUCGCCUUCGCGACGCGAUCAGGAGGAAGCGGGACUAUGAAAAAGAGAAGGGCCCGACCAAGGGUGCGCACAAGAGGAAGGCUGAGGAGUCCCCGCAAAAGGACAACACUAAGACGAGACGGCAAGCAAAGCGCGCCGCAAGACAGAAGGCGCAUGAGCAGGUAGAGGAAAAGGAGAGCAAAGAGCAGCUCAUCCCCGACCUGAAUGACCUGAUCAAAUGCGAGAACCCAGACAUGAAACCGAGGCCACUCUCGUUUAUCCUCGAGCCAGUCCUCUACCACACCAUCAUCGCAAAUGAGCCAGUCUCCCUCGAACUCCCAUUCACCUGCGCCAAGGACCGCACCCACGCCCGUGUCAUCGACUUCCACCCUUCCAGCCUUGAGGACUUCGCCGUCAGCCGUCGGCGCACCGACAACGACUGCCUGUCGGACAACAGCGCCGACGACAUCGACCCGGACUCGGACGAUGGUGAGCACGACACUAGGCACAGCCGCCGCAACCGCGUCUGGGAGUGGCGCUUCGCCCUCAAGCUCGAGGAGGUGUCGCCGGCCCUGCUGAAAAAGGACAAGAAGCCGGCCACCCUCUGGGUCCACGUCGGAAAUCCGCAGGCCCAGCUGCUGACGGACCUCGACGCGCAGGACCUGCGCGCCGCGCACAACGAAGAGACGCUGGGCAGCCUCCGCGAGCAGAUGUUCAAGCUCUGGGGCGACCUCGAGGAGCGCAAGGUCGACCUCGAGGCGCGGAAGCGGGAGCAGAGAGAUAGGAUCCUCCACCAUAUGCCACCGCCCAGCUCCGGCGCUGAGGAGGAGGAGGCUGCGGCGCAUAGUGCCGGCCUCGGCCAGAUUUCGAAUAAGCCAUUCACUUGCUGCAUACAGCAGUACGGCGUCAAGGUUGAGGCGGAAGAGGGCGAGGAGGACAAUGCCGGCGAGGGCAAGAAGUGGCAAAGGAUGUAUGGGCUCUUUGGGACCAAGAUCGCCAGCGAUUAG